UUCUGCUUGCUGCUGCUCAGCUUCUUGGCUUUUAAGUGACGCCUAAAGGCCGAAUAUCUCACCUCAACCACCACCACCACCACCACCACUCCUCCCUUUGCCACUUAUUAUCUUACCGACGGUAAUCGAAACUAAGGGGAUUUCCUAAUUUUCAGAUCUUAUUACUCGAACAUUCUAUACCGGAAUCUUGAAACCUCAAUCCAGUGACAUUUUCUCCGAUCUUCCUAUCUAUUUCGGACCUGCAUUUUUCUGGUGAGUGGAUUUUUCUUAAUCGGAGGGUUCGAUAGUUUCGGUUGUGACUGGUUAAUGGUGAGUGGAUUGAAUCAGAAGAGGGAGAGGGAGAAGGAGAAGGAGAAGAGUUGUGCAGACUUUAAAGUGUAAGAUGGAUCGCCGGAGCUGGCCAUGGAAGAAAAAGUCAUCUGACAAGGCUGACAAAGUUGCUGUUGCAAAUGCUGCGGCAGCAGAUGCUGCUGCUGCUGCUUUGGCAUCUACUGAAUUUAAGGGUGAACAGGAUAACUACAAAAAGCCAAACUAUGUUCAAAUUUCUGUGGAGUCAUACACGCAUCUGACUGGUUUGGAGGAUCAAGUGAAGACAUAUGAGGAACACGUUCAGUCACUGGAGGGCCAGAUCCAGGAAUUGGAUGAAAAGCUGUCUGCAGCUCACUCAGAGAUGACUACAAAAGAAAGCCUAGUGAAACAACAUGCGAAAGUUGCUGAAGAAGCAGUAUCAGGUUGGGAAAAAGCUGAAGCAGAAGCUUUGGCAUUGAAGAAUCAUCUGGAGACUCUCACACUCUCAAAACUCACUGCUGAAGAUCGGGCAUCACAUCUAGAUGGUGCACUUAAGGAGUGCAUGCGGCAGAUACGUAAUCUAAAGGAGGAGCAUGAACAGAAAUUGCAGGAAGUUGUUCUUAUGAAGAACAAGCAAUGGGACAAAAUUAGACUUGAGCUUGAAGCAAAGAUGGGCAAUUUAGACCAAGAGCUCCUGAAAGCUGCUGCUGAAAAUACAGCAAUUUCAAGGUCAUUGCAAGAGCGCUCUAACAUGCUUAUCAAGAUAAGUGAAGAAAAGUCACAAGCUGAGGCUGACAUAGAGCUUUUGAAGAACAAUGUCGAAUCUUGUGAAAGAGAAAUAAAUUCACUUAAAUAUGAACUCCACGUUGUUUCCAAAGAACUAGAAAUCCGUAACGAAGAGAAGAAUAUGAGCAUGAGAUCUGCAGAAGUGGCUAACAAGCAGCAUAUGGAGGGUGUAAAAAAAAUUGCUAAGCUUGAAGCAGAGUGCCAAAGAUUACGUGGUCUUGUGAGGAAGAAGUUACCUGGUCCUGCUGCACUUGCCCAAAUGAAGCUAGAAGUUGAAAAUUUGGGCCGUGAUUAUGGAGAAACUAGAAAUAAAAGAUCUCCUGUUAAGCCAUCUAGCCCGCAUUUGUCCCCAGUUAGUGAAUUCUCCUUUGACAAUGCACAGAAAUUCCAGAAAGAAAAUGAGUUCCUCACAGAACGCUUAUUUGCUAUGGAAGAAGAAACAAAGAUGCUGAAAGAAGCUUUGGCAAAGCGUAAUGGUGAAUUGCAGGCUUCAAGGAACUUGUGUGCUAGGACGGCCAGUAAGCUUCAAAGUCUGGAAGCACAACAACAAAUCAGCAAUCAACCGAAAAAUUACUUGAGUCAUAGUGCCAGUAAUCCACCAAGCUUGACAUCCAUGUCUGAAGAUGGAAAUGAUGAUGAGCGUAGUUGUGCCGACUCUUGGGCAACUGCAAUGAUGUCUGAAAUCUCUCAAUUUAAGAAGGAAAAGAACAAUGGGAAGUCAAACAGGGCUGAAAACGGAAAGCACUUGGAGCUUAUGGAUGACUUCUUGGAGAUGGAGAAGUUGGCUUGCAUAUCUAAUGAUUCAAAUGCUAAUGGUGCCAUCACUAUUUCAGAUUCUUCUAACAAUAAGAUAUUAGAAAGUGUGAAUCAAGCAUCAGGAGAUCCCACUUCGGGCAAGGAUUCACCGUCAAAGCAGCAUCUUGAUUUGGAUCCAUCAGCUGACCAUGUAUCCUCUGUUAAGGAUUUGUCAGUUGUUACUUCUGGAAAUGAUGCAGAUGAGUUGGUAGUGACUAAGCUCCAAUCAAGAAUUUCAAUGGUAUUUGAGUCUAUGUCCAGGGAUACUGACUUGGGGAAAAUAGUGGAGGAUAUCAAACUAAUUAUGCAGGAAGCACAAGAUACUAAGUUUCAGUCAUCAGUUAAUUGUGUUUCUGACAAAGUACAUUGUUCUGAUGCUCUAAGUAGCAAUGCAGAAUUAAUAGCAGAGAAGGAUAUCUCAUCAUCACAAGCCAGUAAUAUAGCUACAGAGACUCUGCACAAACCAGGGCAAGACUUGGCAGAUGCCAUUUCACAGAUUAAUGAUUUCAUCUUGUUCUUGGGUAAAGAAGCCAUGAUUGGUCAUGACACUUCCUCUGAUAAUCAUGAAUUGAGCCAAAAAAUUGCGGAGUUCUCAGUCACAUUCAAUAAGAUUUCAUGUGGCAGUAUACUGUUGGAUGAUUUCAUUUUUGACCUUUCUCACGUUUUAGCUAAAGCCAGUGAGCUCAGAUUUAACAUACUGGGCUUUAACAAUAGUGAUGCAGAACCUAAUAGUCCUGAUUGCAUAGAUAAGGUUGCUCUCCCAGAAAACAAGAUGGUUCAGAAGGAACGGUCAGGAGAAAUGUACCAAAAUGGCCAUGCCCUCAUUUCUAGUUCUGCCUCUGAUCCUGAGGUUCCAGAUGAUGGGAAUUUAGUUUCAAGCUAUGAGUCAAAUGCCAGAUCAUGCAAAUUCUCAUUGGAGGAAUUUGAAGAGUUGAGAUCGGAGAAAGAUAGCAUGGCAAUAGAUCUGGUGAGAUGCACAGAAAAUCUGGAGAUGACAAAGUCUCAGUUGCAAGAAACUGAACAGCUUUUAGCGGAAGUUAAGUUGCAACUGGCUUCUGCUCAAAGGUCAAACGGCUUGGCUGAGACACAGCUGAAAUGUAUGGCAGAGUCUUAUCGGUCACUAGAAGUACGUGCAGAGGAAUUGGAAUCUGAGGUGAAUCUUCUACGAACGAAAACAGAAACAUUGGAAAAUGAGCUUCAGGAUGAAAAAAGGAGUCGUCAGGAUGCCAUGGAAAGAUGCAAUGAACUUCAAGAGCAAUUGCAAAGGAAUGAGAGCUGUUCUGUCUGUUCUUCAGCAGCUGAUGAUGUCAAGAUGAAACAGGACCGAGAGUUAGCGUCAGCUGCGGAGAAGCUGGCAGAAUGUCAGGAGACCAUAUUUCUUCUAGGCAAGCAGUUGAAAUCAUUUCGUCCUCAAACAGAGCUCAUCGGAUCUCCAUACAACGAGAGCAGUCAAAGGGGUGAAGGAUUCACUGAAGAGGAACCUACUUCCAGUAGCAUCAAGUUGCCAGAAAUUGAUCAAACUGAGACGGGCACCCCUGCUUCUGCUAAUCCGCAAAGAGUAGGUGCCGAGUCUCCCAUCUCGUCUCGCAAUCAAUCCGAUACAGAAGUAGACCUCCUGAGAUCACCGAUCAGUUCACAGUAUCCAAAACACAGGUCUACAAAGUCAACCUCAUCUUCUUGUUCUUCUUCUCCAACACCAGAAAAACAAUCAAGGGGAUUUAGCAGAUUCUUCUCUUCGAAAGGAAAGAAUGGUCAGUAGGCUUGCAGCUCGCAAGCAUGGUUAUUUGGUAGCACAAUAUCUAUAAAUGUGUGGUGUUAGAAUCAGUUUGCUAGGUUGUGGAGCUAAUCACUUGGCUUUUUUCACGCAGAAAUAGUGCUUUUCCCAAUAUCCCAAGUGGUUUUUUUAACUAGUGACUGUAUAUGGCAUCCAUAUCUUAAUUUCUUUGUUAUUGUGGCUUCUGUAAUUGGGUUUAUUAUACUUAAACCUUAAUCUAUCUAUCUAUAUAUAUAUAUUUAUAUAUUCUGUGUCAA